AUAUAACCAUUGGUCGUCAGUGGAAGUACUCAGGGCUAUUCAUCAACUUGAACAGUUCGACAGCGAUCAUUCGGGUGUCAGUUGUUGGGCUUCAGGCUUCGCGUUCAAGUCGUUUCAUUGUCGAGUUUUAGAUAUAAUUCAAAAUGAUUGCAAGUAAGACUGUGAUACUUGUGCUCUUCGCAUUUGUAUUCAUCGCCGAGUUGAAACUAGGGGAAUCGUUGCAGUGCAUCGUUUGCAAGUCAACUGUAAAUGGGAAAUGCACUUCGGAUCCGGAUGCAUUUAAAGCGAUAGAAUGCCCGGCUACAACUGCGCCGCCGGUUACUGAAUCAACUACUUCAAGUUCACCUUCACCAUCAAUUCCGUCAAGUACUCCAAGUUCAACUUUGUCGCCAUCUGAAUCAAGUACUGACAGUUCGUCUUCGCCGUCAUCUCCAUCAAGUACUGACAGUUCGACUUCGCCGUCAUCUCCAUCAAGUACUGACAGUUCGACAUUGUCGUCAUCUCCAUCAAGUACUGACAGUUCAACUUCGUCGUCAUCUCCAUCAAAUACUGAGAGUUCGACUUCGCCGUCAUCUUCAUCAAGUACUGACAGUUCGACUUCACCACCAAGUACUUCAAAUUCAACAUCGCCGACAAUGCUACCAAGUGAUCCAACGUCUCCUCCCUCUGCAGAAUCAGACAUCGAAGGCAGGCAAUUGAAUUCGCGUUUCAAGCGCUGGGCGGAACUCCGAACAGAAAAAACUCGCGAGUGCUACAAGAUCAUCUAUAAAGAGAAAGAAACGGAAGUUGUAGAACGUGGGUGCGUUCCACCGGCGUCUCAAGGGUGUACCGAUUUGAGAACCGGCAAAAACGGUGUGACUUACUGUGGAACAUGCGACAGAGACGCCUGCAAUUCAUCUUCAAUUAUCACCCACAGCCUGACGUCAAUGCUGUUACUACUCGGAGUAACUUUCUACUUGACACGAUAGAGGCUAUUAAUACUCAAAUUUCCACGAGUAUUACAGGAUUUAUUCAACAGCAAAUGUAUAUUCACGCAAUUGCCAGUACGAAAUAAAAUCCAAAUCCAGCGGUUGUAAACUCAUUAGAUCCUACGAAGAAGAAGAAGCCAAAAGCUAUUAAAUAAUUUAAAAAAGAACAAAGACAAUUCAAUUUUCAAUUCAAAAUUUUUAAUGAACGCUCCAUUUUCUCAUUCUCUUAAAAUAUUCUAAUAAAUUUGUCUUUCUUUUCGUUUUUAUUUGACAAACCCACAUGAAAUUUAAUUGCCAAUUAUUUAUACGGCAGCGCAAUUAGCGAAAAUAUUGAAAGUGUAUACAUCAAUCAAUCGAAGAUAUUGAUAAAUAAAAAACAUGUACAGAGGA